CAUCUCUCGCUUCUUGCUAAGUUAAAAACAGACUUUGUUUAUCUUACUGGCUGUUUGCAGCAAUGCUUAGCGACUAGUUAUCUUAUUUCCCUCGUUUUGCAUCCGCGCUACUUGACUCUUCCAGCUAAAAGCUGAGAAGAGCAGUAUUCUUGUUUACAUUUUUACGCGUACUUGUUUUUUUGUGUAGCCUAAUCUUGUUCAAUUGUAUAUUUAGGUUGCUAAAACCGUGCAGUGCAAAAGGAUCAGAAAGGCUCCAGCAUCGUGUACCUCGUGCCACAGCAGGUUUGCCACUAGGACCUUUUUGCACAUCGUGUAAAUUGAAGGAGUUUUUUUUUUUUUUUUUUUUUUUUGCAGUCGUAGCUUGAAGGAAACGACGAGAGGAUUUGUGUGAGCGAUUUUCAGAGAGGCCAUGGCGACCCAAGUGUGGUCCACGGCUCAGCCUGCCGCUGACGGGAUGCUCUCUUAUGAUGAGAAGGUGUCUGAGGCGAACCGGCAUGGCAGUGAUGAUGAAGACGUGCUGAACGACAGCGAGAUGAAUGGUAACUGGACCCCUCAAGAGAAAGCCCUGCAUGAAGCCCGACUCAAGGCCAAAGCAAAGCGGCGCCUACGCAAGUCCUCCUCCCGAAACUCCACCAGCGACUCCAUCUCAGAGUCUGGCGAGAUGGGAGGGGUCGACCCACACAGUCCAAAGGGCAAGGUUCCCACCAACGACCGCAAAUCCAGGAUGGGGAAAGGCCGGGGACUGCCAAAGAAAGGUGGAGCAGGUGGUAAAGGAGUGUGGGGUGCAGCAGGAAUGGUGUAUGAAGAUGAAGAGCCCGACAUACGGGACCCCAACUACGAUGAGUCUUCUCAGGGUGACACAGUUUAUGCUACAGUUGUUCCAGUAAUAGAUGAGAAGGAACUGGAAAAAAUGGUGAAUCCAAUUGUACAAGAGUACUUUGAACAUGGAGAUACCAAAGAGGUUGAGUUGUUGCUGAAGGAACUGAACCUAGGUCCUCACAAGUACGAGUUCUCCUCUUUGGCCGUGUCCCUGUCUCUGGAAGGCAAAGCCAGCCACAGAGAGCUGACCUCACGUCUGCUCUCAGAUCUGUCCAACAAAAUGAUGUCCCAAAGUGAAAUGGCCCAGGCCUUUGACAAGAUGCUCAAAGAGCUGCCAGACCUUAUCCUGGACACCCCAGAGGCUCCACAGAUGUUAGGCCAGUUCAUAGCCAGAGCUAUAGCAGACCAUGUGCUGCCCAUGUCUUUCCUGGACCGUUACAAAGGCAGAGUGGACUGUGAGCAUGCAAGAGUGGCUUUAGACCGAGCAACCGUGCUUCUGUCCAUGAAGAGGGAGGUGGUUCGUCUGGAUAAUGUGUGGGGUGUAGGUGGUGGCCUAAGACCCGUCAAACAUCUCAUUAAAGAGAUGAACCUCCUCCUGAAGGAGUACUUGAUAUCUGGAGAUGUGGCAGAGGCUGAGCACUGUCUGCGAGAUCUGGAGGUGCCCCACUUCCACCAUGAGCUUGUUUAUGAGGCUGUAGUAAUGGUGCUGGAGGCCAGUGGGGACAAUGCCGGCCAAAUGAUGAUUAAACUGCUACAGUCCUUCUGGAAAUCUGGCCUGGUCACUAUUGAUCAGAUGAACAGGGGCUUCCAACGGGUUUAUGACGAGCUCCCUGAAAUCAGCCUGGAUGUGCCACAUGCCCACACCAUCAUGGAGGGCUUUGUGGACCUCUGCUACCAGGAGUCCAUUAUCUCUAAACAGCUGAGGGACGCCUGUCCUUGCAGGGGGCGCAAGCGAUUUGUGAGUGAGGGCGAUGGAGGAGUUAUCAAGACCUAAUUGCACGGCAGGAGCAGCAGGACCAUGGGUGUCUACUCAUUCUCUGACCCAUUUCCACUGGGGCAUGGACUGAGGAGUGGGCUGGGUGUCCACUUCUUGUUAUUCACCGUCUUUGACUGGUUUUGUAAAAAAAAAAAAAGAAAAAAAUCUUUAUUUGGGAAAUUAUGCACUCAUUUGCCUAAGUCUUUGUACUUGUGUAUCCAGAGGGAUUUGCAUCUGAGUUGCAGAGAAGAGAUGCGUUGAGAAGAAAUCCUUUUCCUUUGCUUUACUGGUUUACUGCUGUUAAUGAAAAGGCAUUAAAACUGAAUAUUUUGUAAACGUUAUUCAGAAUACACUCUAAAAUGUAUUUUCUACACACAGUUUUUCCAAUCUCAGUGGUUUUGUUUUUCUUUCUUUUUUCUUUCUUUUCCUUUGCAGUCAGACAAGGAGUAUAUGGUCACUGUUUGGUUGUUGAAUUGGCACUUGUAUAUGGGCAAAUAUAUUUUGAAAGUUGAAUAAAAAAAAAAAAAAAAGGUUAUCGCUUAUUAAAAAACGCUAAUGCUGCUUCACAGUAUUCUGACAUGACUAUUACCUGAAGCUCAAAGAGAACUGAACUAGCUAAUUUCUUGAGCAACUUGUUACAUAAUGGCAUACUUUAGAGAAUAAUAUGCAUAUAAUAUAUUUAAACCAUUUCCGCAUAGAGUAGAGCUGUUAAACACAACAUCAAGCACAAACAGUUGGGCUGCACGAUUUUGGAACAUAAUCCAAUUGCAAUUUGUAAAGUCUUGCAAUUGUGAUUAGGUUUGAAUACUACAAACUAAUACAAGAAUCCCAUUUUUUGCAACACAUUUGUAGAAGUCUAAACUACAGGGACAAGAUUUUACAAAAUGUACAAUUUGUUCUUUGCAGAGGACAUUCUCUAAUGUCUGAGCAGCCCUAACAAACCAUAUCUAUGUGCCCAGUGCUACAGUGAUGCACCAGAGGUUCUACUAUUGCUACAAAAUGACACUGCAUUAUUAUUGUGGACUCGUAUAAACUGCAACGAUGUGAAGGCAAAUAAUGGCUAACAUCCAUUAUACUUUGCUGAACGCACAAAUAAAAAGAGCUUUUGGGCAAAUUGUAAUGGCUUAAAGGAACUGUAUGCAAGAUUUGGAUUUUAAAUUCCAUAAACAUGACCUAACUGUAUCCCCUGAAAUGAGGUGAUAUGUUCAAAUCAAAUAUAUACCUUUUACUGAAAACAAUGAUAAGUUAUUAUUAUUAAUUACAAAAACGUUGGACAUAAUGACCAAAUUUAUGUCAAUCUGGCAUUUUGCUCGUCAAGACGAUUAUCCAAUCAGAAAGCAGAAUGAGGCGGGUUAUGUCCUAAAUCUAUAAGGAAUGAGUCUUUACCUGUAAACAAUCAUUAACCAGCGCCUCUGCUGCUGCAGUCUGCUGUGCAUAAACUCUGUGCAUACACUCUGAGUGAUGGGAAAAGGCAGUGGCAGCCUAGGUUCAGUUGUGAUUGUAGUACCUUAAAGUUUUUUGUGUUUUUAAAAGCGCAGGCUAUAUACAGUUCUUUUAAUGGAAGAUCUUUGACGUUACCAACUAGUACCCUCUCUGUGACAUCUACAUUUUUUGUGUUGUAGUCAUAGCGUUAAUCAUAAUAUAGCCCAUGUAGAGACUUUUCUCGUGCAUAUAAAGGUUGAAAAGCAAUAACUUGGUGCAAAAAGGACCUAUGGAUUAUUGCAUGCAGGAUGCAACUGCAUCCCAGGUUUUCUUUAAAUUCUCAGCCUACUGUUUACUGAAAAGAAAACUCUGUGCAAAACACUGCCAACUCGAAUCUCUUUUUAUAAAGUUAAAUAAAUGUCUAUCCCCUC